AAACUACAUAAAAAGUGUUAUUAUUUUGUAGAAUAUAAUUAUGUUUUAAACAAAUUUCUUCCACCGAAUUAAUUAUUCGAAUUGCAACAAACAUGCCAAAGGAACCAACGAAAUGCCUCCGGACAAACGUUUAAAAGGGAAUUUAGCCUGGCGCAACGUACAGCGCUCUUCUAUCGAAUAAAGUGACACUGUCAGUAAUGGAGAAAGUGGACGUGAUGUGAAAGGCUUCGAAGUUCCGUCGCCGCUUCGUAGAUUUUUUAGGCUGGCACAGAAUCAUGGAAGAAGUGUUUCAGAACGGGAAUUAUCAGAGAGAAUCGAAUGCGAACAUGACUACUAUGGAGACGCAAAAAGAGGACGUAUUACUUGAUCACAUGGAAAUCUCAAUAGUUGAAACAGAAAAGCGAGCAAAUGGAGCACUGAAUUUAAGAGAGUUUUAUACAGUCUACCUCGUUGAGACUAAAGUUACAGAUCCAGACUUUAAAGGCGCACUCACCAAAGUAAGUUCUCUAUGGCGCCGGUACACAGAAUUUGAACUGCUUCGAGCUUAUUUAGAAAUUUCUUAUCCAUAUAUUGUACUGCCUCCAUUACCAGAAAAAAAGGUUUUAUAUGCAUGGCAAAAAGUCACUACUGAUACAUUUGACCCAGAUUUUGUUGACAGACGAAGAGUUGGUCUUGAGAAUUUUCUAUUGAGGGUAGCCUCACAUCCAAUACUAUCUCGUGAUGAGCAUUUUAUGGGAUUUUUGCAACAAAAGGAUGGUUGGAGAGAAAGCAUUAAAGAGACUGGUUAUUUGCAAUUGGUAGAAUCAAAAUUAAAAGCACUGAGUGUAGCAGUGCGUUUACGAAAACCAGAUAAGCGAUUUGAAACAAUCAAAAAUUAUGGAAUUGAACUUCAGAAUAAUUUAUGUAACCUACUUCGAGUACGUGCGCGACUUGUAGAAAAACAACAUGGUUUGUACAAAUUACAUGCAAAUUAUGGUCGUGUGUUUAGUGAAUGGAGUGCUAUAGAAAGAGAAAUGGGUGACGGGCUACAGAAAUCGGGUCACUACUUGGAUUCAUUAGCAGCGACAAUAGAUACAACUCUUGAAGAAGAGGAAUUAAUAGCAGAUCAGUUAAAAGAAUGGUUGUUUGGUGCUUCUGCAUUACAAGCAGUUGUCAAACGAAGAGAAGCUUUACAAUUAGCCAAAGAUGAAGCUCAUGAUGCUUUAACUGCAGCACUUGAACAAAAAGAAAAAGUUAUACAAGGUAAAUCAGGUUUAAUGUCAAGAUUGUUUGUAUCCGUGGAUACGGAAGAAGUUCGUGAAUUAAAAAUGCUACAAUUGGAACAAAGAAUUGCACAACACGAAGAAGCUGUCAAACGAGUAGAUGAAGAUUUAAAAUCUUUCUCAAUUAAGGCAAUGAUGGACAUAGAAAGAUUUCAACAUCAAAAAGUAGUAGAUUUAAAAGAAAUUUUGGCAGCUUACUGCAUCUUACAAUUUAAACUUACUAGAAAGGUAAAAUGUUAUAUAUUGUUAUUUAAUUAGUUUGCAUAAAUGAAUCGAUGUUUUUAUAAAUAAUUGCAGGGACUGCAAGCUUGGCAGCAUAUCAAGAGUUGUCUAGAAAGUAUGCCAUAAAAAUCUUCGCUCAUUGAAGCUGAGAGCUGAACAAUAAUUGUUCCACAUUUUUUGUGCGAUAUACAUUCCUAUAAUUGUAAGCUCACUCAUACUGUACGCUUAUUAUUACAUCAAUGUACAAGAUUGUUUCUAUUAUUUAAUGUUAGAUUAGAUAAUAUUAUAUAUACAUACAUAUUAUAUAUACACACAAUUCAUGUUGGAUAUAUAGUUAUGUGAGAUAUUCAAUAUUUAUAUGUUCAAUAUUUAGUAUGUUCUUGUUGUAUGUAUAAGAUACAAUUAAUCAAUUACGUGAAUGUUCAGACAGUACUUAAGGUAAGGUAAAAUUUGUGUGAUUUAUAUACAAUAUAAAUCACUGAGUAAAAUUUCUAGAAUUAUGAAUUAUGAAGUUGGAAAUAUCGUUGUUGUAACUUUUAUAUACUGUCUUCUAUAUGCUCAAUAGGCUUCAAUUUUAUUGUCGUCGGUUAAAUUUCCGAUUGUAUCUUAUUUAUCGAUACAAUUGUUGCAUUUAUUUUUCAUAAUAUUAGGAGGCUUAGCCUUAUUGAUAAAUGAUAAAAUUUAAGAUUUGAAAUACUAUUUUCUACAUGUGAAUAGAUAUGUUUUUCUACGUACAUACCUGGUUUAAUAUGUUUUACUAUGGUUGUUUAGAAUCUAUAUUUUUUUCUUAUCAGAAUUUAUUUUAGUUAACACAUUUUGUAAUGUACUGCAUUUAAAGUCGAUGGAUACCUAUUAUACCAAUGUUAAAGUUUAAAAAUUUCUUGGAUUCUUGUCUUACUUGAUAAAGAAAGCUAUUCUUUCUUAUCUGAACAAUUUAUUUCAAUUAGGUAAAUAUAAUAUAUUUAAAAGUACGUCACACAUACAUAUGUUUGCUCACUAAUUCUUCUUAUAAUCAGUAAUAUAAUUUAAAUAAUAUUAGGUAUGAUAAUUGCAUUUUUUUUCAAUCAAUAUCUAAUAUAUACAAUAUUUAUAAUGAAUAAUUAAUGUCAUUUGUAAUAACUAAUUAGCUCAAACAAAGUUUAUUGUAAUACUUUUGGCAACGCAGUUAAUUGUAAAAGAAAUUCCUAAUAAUUUAAAUAAAAUAUGUGAAACUAUAUUACAAUCUAUUAUUACAAUAAAAUAUCUUCCCAAUGGAAAUAUUAUAUUAUUAUUUUUGUUACAUACUGUGAAUAUUACAAAAUUAAAUUCUUUUAAGAAUCAUAGAGAAAUAAAAAAAAAAUGGUGA